CAGACGGAGUGGACAACCUAAACACGCACGGUUAGCAGACAACUAUCAAACAACGGCGGCCUGACAGUCCUCCAAACUAACAAGCCUCCUCCACCGGUAAACAAUGUGACCGAGCGAGGAGGGACACCUCGGCGAGGACUGCGAGAAACGCAUGACAGCCAACUUUGGUUGUCGUGAGGGGCGCACCAUGGCAUCUCAGCCGAGUGUAUACAAUGAAGAAAGGAACCGUCUUCGCCUCAGAGCAUGGGAACAGAGGAACCAAGAAACCAGCCAAACCAAAGAACUUAAUCCAGAGAAUGUGCCACUUUUUGGGGAACCAUACAAGACAAAUAAAGGGGACGAGCUUUCAAAUCGAAUCCAGAGGAUGCUGGGCAGUUACGAAGAUGUGAAUAACUCCUGUCCCUUUUCCACCGAGGCUUUACCCAUUCCUACUUACGCAACCUUCUCACAGUCAGAUCUGGGUCAGCCAAACACAGAUAAAUCAACAAAACCUCCAUUCCACAACCAGGUCCUUUACAUGUCCACCCAAAGCCAGAAAGGGCUGUCUAGUAGCAGUUACUCUCCUCAGCCCAUCAGGACGUCCACUGCUUCUCCUAACCACCAGGGACAUUCAUCCACUUUCUCGAAGCCUUCUUUGAACAACAGCCAGCUCGGCCACGCAGCAAAUCAACAAAAGAAGAGUGAAGUCUUCUCAGAUCUCAGGGAGUGUGACAGCCUUCCUCGGGAAAUGUCUGCUCUGUCUCCUGAUGCUCAGCCACUACCCUUCCUACAUUCCAGUGACCAUCAUAACACUGACACAGACACGAAGGACACACUUGAUAGACAUCAGCUCCCAGGGUCCACAGAUCUUUCCUCUGACUCUGCUGUCGGCAUGGAUGUUUACUCUAAAGACGCAUGUCUGCCUCAAGCCAACAAGACUAGCGCACUACCCUCCCAGACCUUUCCCCCACGCUUGUCAUCUAAGCAGCCCAGCAUAGUCAUGCCCCAGAAGCCAACAGCGUAUGUGCGGCCCAUGGAUGGUCAGGACCAGGUGGUUAGUGAGUCACCCGAGUUAAAGCCCUCACCAGAGCCCUAUGUCCCACUACCAGAGUUAAUCAACGAAGCUGACCUGGCCAAAACGAAGAUAAUGCCACAAUUUUUGGAGACAAAGACAGAUGAAGCUCAGUGUGUGGAGGACAUCUUAAGGGAAAUGACUCACUCAUGGCCUCCUCUCCUGCCAGCGAUACCCACACCUAGUAGAGAUGAACCCUCCAAGUCUCCGUUCCCAGCCAAGGAAGCAGAGCGUGCCUCUUCACGUCCAGGACAAAAAAAUCAUGACUCCUCCCUUGCAGAUCCAUCCCAUCUCAACCAGCAGAGCUCCUCAUCUUCAUUUGAAGCAGCACAUUCCAGCGGGUUAGAGUCUACAAGCUCCAGCGAUUCCGGCAGCAGCUCCGGAUCAGAGUCCGAUAAUGAGAGCACCACUGAGGAGCCACCUCCACCCCCAGUGAGCAGCUCAGUUAAAACUGAGCCUGAUGCUCCAGCAGUGAGCCGUGGUGACUGGCAGUUGGGGAACUGGAUCAGGUCCAGCCAACAAAACUCCGGCACUGAAAGUCAAAGUGGUGCACACGUCUCUGAGAGCCCCACUCACAAAACCCGACCGCCCACUCAAAGCUCCAAGAAGUCCAGCGUAGAGGUGGUCGACCCCACCGGGCACUCUAAGCCUCAGCUUUCCUCUCAUCAAAAAGAGCUCACUGACAACCUUCCCAUUCCCCAGCAGCACAGGAAAGGCACUCAGGACAACAGUUGCCAUCAAAGUAGCCAGAAAUCCCUCUCUGCUGAUGUGAACAGCUGUAGCAGUUCCAGGAAACUCUCAAAACCGGCGAAGGCAGCUUGCCCAGAUCGCACUGAAGCAGCAGUCAGUGCAAAGUGUGAGGAAAUCAUAACCACACAGAAAAAAGAACCAUGUUUCACAGAUAGACCCAAGGUAAAGACGAAAGCAGGACAUGGUAAGAAGAGCAAGGACAGCAGUGACACUAAAAGAGACAUUAAAAGGACUAAACACACCUCACUCGUCAAGCAGAAGGCUGACUCAGAGCCAGGGCCUGAAGCCACACUCGUCCACUUUGGUCAUUGUCCAUCAUGUGGUGUGCGCUAUCCCAGCCCCUGCUCCUGCCCCACCAAAGGUCCUGCUCAGCCUGACCAGCUGUCUUCUGCCCCACCGGUCAAAAUCAGUAGCAAACCCAAGGCAGAAACCACCUGCCAGAGGGACACCAAAAUGUCUCACAAAACAACCCACAAGCACUUACAGAAGCCUGAGCAUACAGCCAAGAGUUCACGGGACCUCCACAGGCCUCCUAGAUCCCUGAUGGUGAAAAUAGAUCUAAGUCUGCUCUCAAGAGUCCCGCAGACUUCCAGCAUUCACCAAGGGAUACCCAGCACUUCAGAGAGCUCACAUGGAGGAGGCAGUGAUGCUUCUACGUCACACAAACACACCAAAACCCGCAAAAAGAGUAUACCUCAAAAUAUUGAGGUAGACAAUAAAACUCUUCCCAGGAAGAAGCAGAAGCUGGAAAACAAGAAUACCUCAUCAACUCAUGUUUCUAUGAAACUGGAAAAUUCCAGCAAUCCAGCAGAGGCUCAGGAGCAAAAGAAGGCCAAGAAAAAUCCUGUACAUUUUCAGCACCCUCCUGCACCAUCCAAAGAUGCUGCUAAAGAGUUAAAGUUAGACAAAGGCUGUUCAGGGAAGACGCAGGAGUCCAGUAGGGAGGCUGCAAAGAGCAAGGACUUCCGGAAGCACAAGAAGAGCAGUGGAAAACACACAGAGCACCCACGCCAUGAAAAGCAAAAGCCCCCAAAGAGCAGCCUUGCUGUCCCGUCACCUUCACGGCCCAUCAGGGCAGCUUUGACCAGCAGGCCGAUGCUCAGAUUCGAGGAGAGGCAGCAUCCAGUGAAGCAUUACAUAAAAGAGGCCAAAAGACUGAAGCACAAAGCAGAUGCAGAGUCUGAUAAGCUCAGUAAAGCUUUCAACUACCUGGAUGCAGCCAUGUUCUUUGUUGAGAGUGGGAUUGCCAUGGAAAAAGAUCCACAGAUUUCAAUGUCUUCCUACACGAUGUUUGCAGAGACUGUGGAGCUCCUUAAGUUUGUACUGAAACUUAAAAACUCAGUGGAUCCCUCUGCUCCACCCUCAGAAAAGGACUUUUUAUCUUUAUGUUUGAAGUGCCAGUCUCUGCUGCAGAUGGCCAUGUUUCGCCACAAACACAAAACUGCACUAAAGUAUUCAAGGACCCUCACUGAUCACUUUAAUAACUCUGCUCAGGCAACAAACAAUCCUCCUGGCUGUACAUCGAAGGUCACAGAUAACCCGUCCCCCAGCAUGCCGUCUCCAGCCAACACAUCCACCAGCUCAGGUCCCGGCUCCAACCACAGUGGCAGCAGCUCGGUUGUGGGCUCUGUUGGCACCACCGUGGCAGUCCCUCAGGCCAUCGAACAAGUGGCCUUCAGCUACGUCAACAUCACUACGUUAUUCUUGAGCGCUCAUGACAUCUGGGAGCAGGCCGAGGAGCUGGCACACAAAGGCAGCGGUAUGCUGGCAGAGCUGGACACCGUUGUAGGUCCACUGAGCCUGACUUCAAGUAUGAGCUCUAUGGUCCGCUACACAAGACAAGGUGUCCACUGGCUGAGGCUGGACAGCCAAAAAGUAUGAUACUGGACUCAUGGAAACCCAUCAGGCUGCCUUUACUUCACUUUGAUGUGUUCAACCCUGAUCCAGACCUGAACUGUUCCUCGCACUUGUUUUCGUUUCCUGUAUUUCACGUGGACAUGAAAUCAUUUCAUCAACAAACGAUCUGGACGUCAUCUCACGUUUGCUCUUAACUUUGAAGUUCCCAGCAGGGAGACGACACAGAACGAUGCACUGGUUAUUGAUUCUCCCUGACACUAAAUCAUGGACAUAGGUGUUAAUCCACACUUUCAUGUCUCCCUGUUUCAGGUGAAGUCAUGACUCUAAAUAUUGAAAUCAGGGCUUUAUUCGAGAGUCAUUACAUUUGAAUGAAGAACAUCAAAUGCUACCAAAAGUGCAAGUUGGUGGCACUUGGUGGUUCUACCAUGUGAUCAUGUGGUCGUGGUGCAAGUACGGACACAGAUCUUAUUUAUUAUUAUUAUUUUAUCACAGCUUUUGUUAAUAUUGUUACUAUUAUGACCACUGAUUGAGGGGGAAAAAAGGCACUUAAAUCAUAUUUCAACACAGUGUUGGCCAAAUGAUUUAAUUUCACUACAUUUUCUGUCUGAAUGAUUAGUUUGGACUCUGGGAUUCUGUUUUUUUUUUUUUACUCUGACUGACUCACAUGACAGUUGUGGUGUUCAUGUCACACAGGGCUGAAGUAGCUUCUUCUUACAGGUCUCAUCUUGACUAUGUAGGCAGUACAAGUAAAUCAACUAUGUUACAUUUUUACAGCAAAAAAAAAAAAAAAAAGUGUGUUGCAAAAGGGCCACAUGGUAAUAUUAAAUCAGUAUUUCAUUUAUUACUUUGAGAAAAUCCCGUAUUGGAAUCUGUAUUUUCAGUUUUUCAAAUGAGUGUCCAUUUGACAGCUUAAAACGCGCUUCACGUGCAGUAAUUACUGAGGAGAAAUGACUAACGAGCAGUAAUAGUGGUAAGUUGAGAUACAUUGAAUUCACGAUACUGAAGAAGAGGCAGAGUAGGAAAGGUUUCACUACUUCAGAGGGAGACAUCUGUACACUUCAGACUCUGUGUGUCAGUUCUAACUGUAGCAUCAAUGAUUUCCAAGUGUAACCAUUUAUUUUUUCAUCUCACCGUUCUACAACUCCAAGAGGUUCGUUAGCAUCGGUUGUGGAGUUCCUGGCUGUUGCACUGUUGCUAGUAGUAAGGACUAGUUUGUCAGCCCAAAGCAGACUUUAUUUUAUUCUCGUCAUCCUGUUAAAGAGGGUGCCCUCAUUCUAAUGGAACCUACACAUGAUAAACACUAUUCACAUCGACAGACUUUCUGCUCCCUGUAUUCAUUCCUCUCGUCCAUGUUGGCUGUGAAGUGAUGGGAACAAAAUCCACAGUGGUAUUUUUGCGUGACAAAGCAUCCCAAAGCUAGCGUGAGGCUUUAGCAGCCGCUAUCUAAAAAUCACAGCCAUACUGGUACAAAAAUCCCACUUUGUGUUUUUUCAGACAUGCCCCAUUUAUACUUGGUAGUAAAAUACACUUUCUCACAAAGAUGGCUGAAAUGUGGUCCCAUCACAACAUGUAAACUACAUUGGCUUAAUUUAGCAACAAACAUGACAUAUCCCAGGUAAAGGGACGCAACGCACUGUAUUGAGCUUCAUGUUUUUCUCAUUGCCAAAUUUUUGAGUACGCUAGUGUUUGUUGAGUUUGCUUCUUUUUUUCUAGAAUUUACAUUUGCAUUAAUGCAUUGUCCUUUAUCUCAGUAAGUUACUCACAUACAGAUUAUGUCUAGACAGAUGUCACAGCAGUCACAGCACACAAGAAGGGAGUUUUCAGUCGGAUCAUGUUAGCUUCAGCUGAACUGUAAAAGCAUUUUUCUACAGAAAUGAGGACUUUUUUUUACCAAAGGGUUCCCACUGAACAGAAGGACUGAUCACACAUGUCAAAAAAUAGACAUUAUCUUUUAACCACAGAUGUGUCUACAAUCAAGUACUUCCAAAAUCAAAAACAGGGAAACAGCUCGAAGUCCCAGUCUUUCUUUAUACUGGUGGAUGUUUGGAUUCACAUUUGUCAUGUUUGUCACUUUGAGUCAAGUUUAGCGGGAUUGUCAGUGAACAGAGGUGAAACUACAGGAGUGUUGCCUUUCACAUUUUUGCACCAGGAAGCUGAAUUCAUGUACGUGUUUCCCUACACUUUUGUUGAGAGCAAAAUGUUAACUGAUUCUAACUGGCCAACCUAUAGCUUACUAAAGAAUGCAGAGGUUUUUUGAGUAUUUUGUAGUAAAUUUGAGUGCGUUAUUGUACAGAAGACCUUCCAAGACCGGCAGGGCUGUGCUAGUCUUUAUUAUUGUUUACUGUACGUUUGACUCUGAGCAAUAGUGUUUAGUUGGCGCAAAAAAAUGUCUAAUUCUUAUUUAUACACGAGGGAUACAGUCAGUAGAAAACAGUGAUGCUGCAAAAUGAACAUUGAUUUAGACUAGUGCAUGUAAAGAGCGCCAUUGGUGCCACUGGGCUUUGAAACGUUUUCACUCGUUAAUUCAGUUGGUGUGUGUCAGUGUAAAUACACGACUAAUGAAAGGGCUUAAUACGGAUCACAAAGUGCUCCCGACUUUAUUUUCUCACAAAGGAUAAAGUGGUAUUUUUUUAGGUAAGGAGCGAGUACACUGGUGCCAAGGCGGGAUUUGGGAUUGUUUUUAUGUACGGACCCUCAGCAGGCUGCUACAGAAACAGCGUCUAGAGUUUCUUACUGAGAAUGUCGACGCCACACGUUUAGUGAAACUGCAAAAUUUGGCAUUCACAAAUAUUUCAACUUCAUCUGUUUUUCAUCUGAAUUUCUGGGUUCAUGUCUUUAUCUGUGGCUUUAUUUCCUUUAUGCUCGAUUGUUGCUGCUUCGUUUUUCGAAUUACCCUGCAACAAGUUUGUCCAAAUCAUUAUUUACUGGAAAAAUGUUAAGAAAGGUUUUUGAAGGAUGCUUUUGUUUUCCAUUUUGUGAAAUAUGUAAAAAUAAUUUGUGUUGCAGUGUACAGAUGUGAAUAAACACUGGAAAACUAA